UUAGAAAUGAACGCUAUGAAGCACACGCCGACCCGGACUCCGAGUGCUGUUGUUAUUGCUGCGGGAGACAUGGCGGACCCCAGGCCGCCAGCUACAGUGGACGCCGCCAUGGACGUAGAACGUAACCCAAACUCAGCUGUCAACGACGACGAUAACCUGACGCAGGAUGCCCAGGAUGCUAUAGAGUACGACAACUACUCCCGACGCUCAUCCCUCGGGGCCGACUCCGUGCUAGAUCAGGACUUCAGCGAAGAUGGGUUCCUUGACGUCGACGGCGCUCCCUCCAACACGCCCCUGGAGGUCGUCCUCGGGAUGCAGUACGCCGAUGACAUCUUCGCCAUUAGGAAGACCAUGGAAUACCGCUAUCACGCUUCCAACUGCAUGGCAGAUCAGCCGCAGGUUACAGCGAACAUGCGAUGCACGCUCGUCCACUGGCUCAUCAAGGUCAACCAUCAGCUCAAGUUUGGCGCAGAGACCGUGUUCGUGGCGGUGAACCUCACCGACCGCUUCUUGGCCGUGACGCCCCUGGCCCAAGACUGUCUCCAGCUCCUGGCCUUGGCCACGCUCUUCGUCGCUGCCAAGAUGGAGGAGAGCGUGGUGCCGGGGAUCAGCGAGCUGGUGGCCAUCUGUGGAGGCAUGUACCGGCACCAUCACUUCAGACGCAUGGAGGUCCUCGUCCUCUCCAAGCUCAAGUUCGCGUUGUACGCUCCCACCAGCUGGUACUUCCUGGACCACCUGGCCCUCAAGGCCACGCAAAUAGGCACGAUAGACAGGCGGGCGAUGAGCGUGUCCCGCUACGUAGCGGAGACCUGCCUCAGUAGCUACGAGGUGUCCCAGUACCUGCCCAGCGUCCAGGCCGCGGCGGCCCUCUCCGUGGCCCUGUGCGUCCUCCCCAACGUCUCCUUCUGCCAGACUCUGCAUGCUCUGAUGUGUGAGGCGUAUACCACGGAGGAGAGAAGGGACGCCACCGUCUGCUCCACCGUCAUGAGUCGCUACAUGGCUCCAUUCUUGGAGGGGCUCUCUCCAGAUGACACCAACCAACACUUCAACACCAACACAGGGCCCAUCACGACUGUCGGAGCCGCCUCCGACAAACGCCAGCCUAGUGCCACCCAUCAACCAGAGACACAGCAGCAGUAGCAGCGUCACCAUCAGAGGGACCAUAUUACAGCAUACCAUUGCAGAAGCACUAGAAAAGAUCUCUCGCAACAAUAGGUAACUUGCACAGCAGUGUGCGGUGGGUGAUUUAUCAGUUCGAUUACUCUGAUUUCCUUAUUUGUUUGUUGGACUGAUUUCCUUUUAUUUGUUGGGUUUUGGACGCGGUGUCGGAAGAAAUAGUCGUAAUUCACUAAGCAAAGCAUAAUAGGCUAUUGGGUCAGUCAAUGGUGGUGCAGCAAUAUUGAAUUUCAUCCUAGAUGCUGGUUACAGCAGAUAAUGCAAAUAAAUGCCGAUAGGUGUCAAUUUCAAGAUAAAACAUAAUUUUAAAUUGACUCGUAUUAGCCCGUGAAUCCAAUUUUUCUUAACCCAUCUUCAUCCAUCUUUAAGUGCUUUCGGUGUCUCGUGCUUUCUUUAGUAUAAUGUCGAUUGAGGUUUACUCUGCAUUUCAUUCAGUGCUUCAGUCUUCUCGGCUUGGCACUUUCUUUUUAAUAAUUGUCAUUCUCUGACUUUAUGUACAUUGCCGUCACUGUUUUAUGAUUCAUUUAGACACGUUUUGCAAGCAUGUUAUAUUUUCUGAACUUUGUUAGGCGUUCUAUUCGUCAGUUGUUCGGACAUACAGCCAUGUUUCUCUUAACCUGAACAAAGCUGCAGAACUAAACAUUGUUUUGGUAUUUUUGCGACAUGUUGACCAUACGAGUUUGUUGUUGUUGUUGUGGUGUGCUGCACAUGUGUGUGAAUGGUGAUUGUGAAUUAGGUUACAAUCAUGAAUUUGGCGACGCUCGGAGUUGGGUCACCUUGGUUUGGCUCCUGACUGAUCUUGCGUGCAGAUUACCGCUGCUUUUUCCCCUCUUGAGGGUGAUCUCUGUCCUCUCUAAUAACAGAGUCGCCAAUGCAGUCGAAAAAUGCGUCGUUCUUUCCGGUUUAACUGAGAGUGUAGCAACAAGUAGCGCACCACUUGAGGUACACUAGCUGGCACCUCGUCCAUAAAGGGUGUUUACAAAUGGGUGCGCGCACAAGGCAAUGGGGAUCUGUUCCCUUGCCAGGGGAAAGGGAACAGAUCCCCAUUUGAAAUACGGGAACUCCCCAUUUGAAAAGGGAACUCAUAUGGGUUGCCGCCUCCCGCGCAGCCUUUGGUUGCUUCCCUAAUUCCUUACUUUCUCUGCCUUGUUUAGCUUAAGUAUUAAAGAGCAGGAGAAUGUGAUACUCGCAGGACAGUGAACUUAACGGAAACAAAUACAGAUGUUGGAACGGGAAUGGCUCGCGUUACUUAUGGGUGAAGAAUUAAUAAAGAAAAAAUAGUAACAUCCCGCUCAAAAGUGUGUUGGGCGUUUAAUAAUGCGUUACUGAAUUCCUUGAUCACCUACUCGGGAAUACCUAAGGUUUCUUAGGUUUGGUCUACAUUGAUUUACCAUUUGAUAAAUUUGUAUUUGCUAAGUCGUAGCUAGUUAGCGUUAGGCUAUCAAUGUUGAGUCGUCGACAGCACUUGAUAAGACUAUCAUUUCCACACUUUUGUUAAAAAUUCACUUUAGACUGAACAAUGUUCUCGGUAACAGAUUUGUCACCUACGUUACUCUUGAGGUAAGAAGAACAAAUUUCUUGGUUGGAAAUAUGCGUUCUUUAGACUUGCUGAAGAAUUAGAAUAUUCUUCCAAUGGGUGUUAUGUAGUUUGGGGGAGCUACUGCUGAAUAGUUUUCUUCAAUGAGGCUAGAGCCCCCCCUUCUUAUGUCUUGUUGCAUGUUAAUAUUUUAAAUAUCUUUAAUUCCAUACUUUUGUUUUAUGAACCAGUUUGACCGUUGUUAAAAUGAUUACUUUUGUAUAAAGAUUUUUUUAUGUCUGUAGUUAAGAUGCCACUUAGUUGUCAAAACUACCCUUAGUUAUAAGACUAUUUCUAGUAAUACUGGUUAUAUCGGCGUGAAAAGUUGGCUAACUAGUCUUAGUUUUUUUUAUAGUAUAUUUAUUUUUACUACAGGAGAUUUAUUGACUAGUACACGAAUUGAUGUACCUAGUGUAGAAGUUAUUUUCGAAUACAUUAUUUGCUGUUGUAAUUAGAUGUUACAAUUAUAGAUGUCUCCCCAUUUUGUAAUUGUGGAUGUUACUCCGCUUUUUUGUAAUUAUAGAUGGUAUCUAAAAGUUGUUUAACACCUAUAAUCCAUGAGGAUGUUCAUCAGAGUAAUAUAUAUCGGCCCCAAUUACUAAUAAUUAUUUUAUAUUUAUUAAAUCCAUCGGUUUUAUUCAGUUUCGCAAGAAAACAAAUGAUAAUGUUGCUAAAAUGCAUAUUAAUGCCAAGGGCACCUAUGAAUUUUCUAGUGCCAGGGUUACACCCCCACCUUGUUAAACUUGUUUAUAAAUAUACUAAUAGAAAUCUUG